AUGGAAGUCUAUCUCCUCAACUCGCCCCUGACAUCGACAGGGCACCCGCGCUGGCGAGCCCCCCAACCCCUCUUCAUCAACGGCCCCUCCCCCAACUCAUCCCAAUUCGUCACCGGCGGCGGCCUCAUCCGCGACGGCAACAACCUCUACAUGCUAACCAGCGAAGACGUCUCCAUCCUCGGCUGGUCGACCUGCCAGCAGAAAAGCUCGAGCAGCAGCAAGAGCCACUCGCGCUGCCAACCUAACUCCAAAGAAAUCCACUACGGUCAGUUCUCGCACCUCGACGCCUUAGGCCUGAUGGGCACGCUCGUGCACCUGUCACGCGAGCACGCCUACGGGCUCGUGCUUGUCGACCCGGCCGUGUACGCCGGCGACGAGGCGGCCGUCGCGCAGGAGGCGAUCCCCGUCGCGGACCUGGCGGCGCACGUCCACGCGCCGCAGAUGAUGGACUUUGUCGAGUUCACGACGACGGGCGGCGAGGAGGUCACGGGCGUGGUGGUCGCAGCACAAAAUUACUGCGUCAGCGUCGAGUCAUCGUCCUCGUCCUCGUCCUCAUCCUCAUCCUCGGCGCGGAAGACAAAGGUCCAGGGCCUGGUGGUCAACACGUCGAGCUAUCGCGUGGUGCCCGAGGACUGCGGCGUCUGGGUGCGCCGGUCCGUGGCGUCGCAUCGGCCGAUGUUGCUGGGGCACAUUAUUGGGUUUGGCGAGGCCUCCGAGUGUGGGAUGCUGAUGCUGCCGUUUGAGAAGUUGAGGGCGGAUCUUCACCGCACUAUUCGACGCGGGAACUUCAACCUUGUCUGA